CUUCACAUUCAUCAGUCGGUUCUUUCCUGCAACAGUGCCCAUAUCGAUACGAUGAAACACUUUGUUGUCGCACUCAUCGGCGCCAUAUGCCUGGUUGGCGGAAUUCAAGCCGCCGGCACAGUCGUGGACAACGUGGCCGGAAACCUCACCAUUGGAAUCAACACUUUCAAUGCUAAUGUCCUCGCGUUCAACGCCACGAUCACCGCUGGUGACGCUCGGAUUAGACAAGCCUUCAACAACUGGAACGCAACCAUGUUGAAGAACGUGACCGCCAUUCAGCAACGAUUCCAGCCCUAUACCAUGCUCUCCACCAACGGAAUCACCAGUAUCCUGAGCAAUCUCGCCAUGGUUAACAUUAUGCCUCUGGCGUCUGACCCGACCCUCCAGAGUGUGAAUACUACGGUUCAAUCCCAGAUCCAACAAGUUGCCACCGCGUUGAACAUGGCCGCGCUCAACAUCACGGCUCAGGUGAACUGCACCAACACCUUCUCGAUCAACUGCAUGAUCAAGUACGGUGCCCAGCUGACCCAGAAGCCGAUCCUGGUCAGCCGUUUCGGAGAAUGUUUCACCAACGAAACCGCCCGUCUGGCGAUCGUUGCCCAGAACAUCUCUACUUCGAUCAACACCACCCUGGCAUUCACGCAAACUCUGUUCAACCUGAGCAACAUCUGUACCAUCCCAACCGUUGCCCAGCUUACCCCGCCGGCCAACUCGGUGAAUUUCAAUACACCUUCGACCCAGUGUAUCAAUCAGUACCUGUCCGGCCUGUCCCAGAUUCCGACCUACUUUAGCUUCGCCGACACUGCCCGCUGGACGCAGGUCAAUCUGAUCACCCAAAGAAUCCAGCGCUGUGCCACCCUCGUCCAGUACGACAUCACGGAUUCGAUCAACCGCGUGCAGAACUCGUUCGGCACCUGUUUGAAAACGGGAGUGUAAUGAUGCUCGGGAUAGAACACGUUCGAUUGAAAGAAUAAGCUAACAUUAUCGCGCGCCACUGAUGCUAUGCAUUGUACCAUCUAAGUUUGUCUGAAUAAAUUUAACUGUUGUGUUUAAGGUAGGAAGAAUAUAUAA